AUCAGGGAAAAAAAAGACCAAAAAAAAACAAACUGUGAAAAGCCAAAAGUCUUGAUUCUUGAUGCUACACAUAUACUGUACUCGACUGGCCGGAGAACCGUAUUUCAAGAUCCACAGUCUUGUUUGAUUGCGUUUAUGUUUAUUCCUCUUGGAUUGGAUCCAGGUCUUCUGAAUCAAACACUGAUAAGUCUGAAUGCAGCAUAUUAAAGCUUAAGAAGAGCCAUGUUUUGAUAGAUAGAGUGUGAUAUGUUAAUCUGAAUCAGAGUUUGGAGUACCCCUUUGAGUGUUCCUAUGAAAUUAUUGGUGGAUUUCGGGAGAUUGUCUCUUCAUUCAUAUUGUAGCCGAGCCCAGUGAUAUUAGGAACAAAGCCACUGGUUGGAAAAUAUGCCUCGCAACAAACCGCGACCUGCUGUGUACAAAUCAUUUCUCAGCUGUGAUGAUCCGAAGGGAGUGGUUGAGUGCAAGAGAAUUAGGAAGUCGAAGCCUGGGCUCCCCGAUGUGGAUGAAACCCUUGGCAAACGAAUAGAAUUUGAAGCUUCUAGAGAAGAAAUGAUCACCAAACAGUCUGCAGAUAAGUUGAACUGUUCGUGUUCUGUCCACCUCAUUGAAGUUUCCAGAGGAGCUCAGAAGCUCAGUCAUGUGCUUGAAUCAUGGUCAAAGGGGAUUGGCUCAGACAGGAAGUCUAAGGAUGUAGCCAAAGACUUGUUGAAAGGGGCUCUUGAUUUGCGGGAGUCUCUAGAAAGGCUUGAGAAGUUGCAAGAAGCAUCAGGCUUCAUGACGAAGCUGAGCAAGACAAAAGAGGGAAAUGGGAAAGGGAAGUUAAAAGGUGCAGGAGGCAUUGAAAGGACUAGAUCAGAACGGAUUACUGGAGAUCGGAUGUACAAGCUGGACUAUGGAAAGCCAAGGCAUUCCAUUGAUGGAGCUUCUUGGGAUUGUUAUGAGGAGCUAAGGGAGGCGAUAUUGGACAGCUUUGCUAGGCAGAAUUGGUCAUUGCCGCCAGACCAUGCUAUGGAAAAGGGUAGUUUUGGAAAUAGAGAAAUGGAACUCUCUCCGGAUCUCCCCUCUACUAGCUCCAGCCAAUCCUCCUUUGAAAAGGCUUGUUUUGAUAGAAAAAGAACGGUGUCAUCUCCUGAUCUUCCCUCUACCAGCUCAAGCCAAUCCUCAUUCGAAAAGGGGUAUUUCGAUAGAAAACGAAUAAUUUCAUCUUCUCAUCUUCCCUCUACAAGCUCAAGCCAAUCCUCUGUGUUUCGAUCCCAAGAGUUUUCUCCUCCUAACAGUUCUUACCCAAUGGCUCCCCAUUUGAAGCCAAAGGCGACUGGUUUGGUUGCUAAGCUUAUGGGCCUUGAAGAAAUUUCUUCAGAGACACUUAAGUCCACUUCACAGAAGCUUUUGGAGAAGCACAGUCUUCCCAAUCAACAGAGACCUAUAUUUGAAGUUGAUUUUCCAAAGACAAAGAAGCUUCCCUUUGGUGUAGAUAAGGUUGAUCCAAAACAAAGAACCACACAAGAGAGCAAGGGGCACAUGCAAUUCAGAAGCAAGUCUUUUGAUGAAUCAAGGCAUGGAGUCUCAAACCGUCAGUCCGUUGCUUCGGAUUUGGAAAAUAAAUUCGGUAAUGGUUGUGAAUCCAUUAUGAUCAUGAAUCCACUCCAUGCUCCUGACCUACCCAAAGAAAGAUCUUAUUCUAUGACAUGCCCUUUCGAGGACAAUGCUUUGGACUCAAAAGAGAUGCAGACAAAAUGGAAAAGAAAAGAAUUGAGAGAAGGGGAUAAACAGUACAGAGAAGCUGUUCCAAGUCCAAAUGAUAAUGGGAUCACAGGUCUGGGAAAACCGUCUCCUAAGAAGUCAGCCAGUCCUCGGAAGCCUAUGCUAGAGAAGAAAGAAGUUAUUGAGAAAAUGGUUGGCAAGAUUCAAAGGGUAUCUCCUAAAAUGAGGAAAGAAGGAAUGCAAAAUAUGAAAUUAAUGGAAGCUUGUAAACCACUUGAACUAGAGAAGAUGGCUUAUCUCAAGCUCAAAAAACAGGAGUGUGUAUUGAAUAUAUCAGAACAAGAAGCUGCAUUUUGCAACUCCAGAAGUAGGAUGUGUAUGAAUAAAACCGACAAGCCAGCUGCAAAUCUGGGAGACAAGAAAGAACAUAUUGACCUUAAACCCAAGAAAGAGAGAAAUAAACCAGAAAUUUUCCAUUUUGAGGAAGUAUCUGAUGUUUCCCAGACUUUGGUUAUUGAUGAUCAAUGCACAGAUGACACCCUUUCUUGUAUCUCUACUGCACUAACCAUUGGAAGUGAAUUUGAUGAACAUGAUCAAUUUUUCAUCAAUCCGAAAUCGAAUCCUAAGGCCAACACUACCAAGAAUUUGCUUCUAAACAGUACACAUUUCCUCAACCACGCCAAGGACCUUUUCCACACAUGCGCAUGGAAACCUGCAAUUUUGAAGCCAGAUUACUCACACGAUGAAAUGCCCGAAACCCAACUCUUACUGGAUUGUGCAAGUGAAUUACUAGAGAACAAAAACUUGCAGAUUACACUGUCCCUUGACCGGUUACCCAUUAUAAGACCACAACUUUAUAUCUCCCUAGACAAAUUGGCAGCUGAAAUAUGUGAUGGGAUAGACACAUUGAUGAGUUACAGAGAUCUUUCCGAUAACACCCUUUGCAUGGAUACCUCUAGCAUGCUGAUCGAGAGAGACAUGCAGUGCAAAGGAGCGGCGAGAGCGGCUUUUGAGUUGGGUUGGGGAAAAGGUUUCACUUGCAAUGAAGUUGAGCAUGUGGUGGCUGACAUGGAGAAGCUCAUUUUUGGUGGAAUUCUUGGGGAUGCACUUGAUGAUUUUUGCAGGGUUAAAAAAAGUAAACUGUUGAGGUAUGAUUUAGGAGCAGCUUAACUUGUAGGGAUCUGUAAAUAACUAUAUAUACACUCACUACUAUAGAGGGUUUCAGUUUCACUUUGAUUAUUGAUUGAUUUGGAGGUGCUUAUCUCUUUCAGAUGUGGUUGUUAAAUAUUGUGCAUACUAUACACAAACAAAAAGGGAUUUUGUGU